UUUGUUGCGAACUGUUAGUCACCGCUAGACGCAAGCACAGUUCGCAUUGUAACACACGACGCUCCGCCGCCGUGCCAACUUGUAACAAAUACACAAAUUGAAUAAAAAUACAAAUUAAAACAUGUACAAGUUAAUGUAUUUUGUUGUCAACAUAACUGUUAUGUUUUUAACUGUGAAGUGUUCCUACGAUCGCGUUGAAGGAGAACGAUGUGAGACUGAGCAGGGCUUCGGGAAAUGUGUCCAUGUGUACAAAUGCCUGUCUUCUCUCGUAGACUUGAAGAGUAAAACUCGACCUAAGAUAUGUUCGUUCGCAAGAAAGGAGCCUAUUAUAUGCUGUAACGACUGCGAGUUGGUUAAUGAUACAAGGAAUGCUAUCGUGGAUACUGGAGGUGGCGUAUUUUUCAAAACCGGGCACAAAGCGAACGAUAGAUGCCUAGAGCAUCUAUCCAGUCUACCGUACCCUUGCCAGACAAAAGGCUUGGCGAGGGUUUGGGACAAUAAGAAGAAAUGCAACAACUUUGAGGUUAAGUUCUAUACAGUAGUGCUGGGCGGGCACGAUGCUGAGCGGUCCAGGUAUCCGCAUAUGGCUUUGCUGGGCUACGGACAGGAAGUCAUCUCCGCUCAGUGGCUGUGUGGUGGCUCACUGAUCAGUGAGAGGUUCAUACUGACUGCCGCCCACUGUCUCUUAGAGACUGUCAUAGGACCGGUAACAUUCGUGGCGAUGGGUAUCCUGAAGCGUUCAGAUCCUAUGGAGUUAUGGCAGAUUUACAGAGUGAAGCGGGUGAUCCAGCACCCGGAGCACGCCCCGCCUUCCAAAUACCAUGACAUCGCAUUGAUUGAGCUUGAUAGGCCGGUAAAAUACAGUAAGGAUGUAUUCCCAGCGUGCUUGGACUACGAAGGUCGCGAGCACUUCUCCGCCCAGGCCACAGGGUGGGGCAAACUCGGCAAGAACCAACCAUUGGCUGAUAAUCUUCAGGCGGUAAGCCUACAGAAGUUUACAGAUGAGCUAUGCCUGAAGAACUUCCCCCCACAUCGACUUCUAAAGAAGGGGUACAACUCGGAAACACAGCUUUGCUAUGGAGACCCAGAUGAACCAAAGGAUACAUGCGAGGGCGACAGCGGAGGUCCUCUACAAGUGUCAUCAUACCUGUCAAAAUGUCUGUACAGUAUAAUCGGAGUGACGUCAUUUGGACGAGCGUGCGGGUACGCGGGCGACGCCGGGAUGUAUACACGAGUGUAUCACUAUGUUCCGUGGAUAGAGAGCGUCGUCUGGCCGGGACGCAGUUGAUGAGAAUGAAUUAAUGUUUUUUUUAAUAGCCCGCUACAACUUCUCAGUAACUACUGC